AUGGAUGUCAAUCGUGAUAAUUUUUAUGAUGUUUUACCGGAAAUUUUAAACGAUAUAAAUAAUGCUGAUUAUGUAGCUGUUGACGGUGAAUUUACAGGAAUAUUAUCAUUUGAUAAAAUGAACUAUUUUGAUACUCCAGCUGAACGAUACAAGCGUCAUUAUGAUUGUGAUAGACAUUAUCUUAUGGUACAAGUUGGUCUUGCCAUGGUUCGAUGCAUCAAUGCAGAAGAAAAUCGAUAUAGUCUAAAAGCUUACAAUUUUUAUGUCUUUCCUGAAAAUGAAACCGAUGCAUUCGAUUUUGGAUCAAAAAGCUCAUCAUUACAAUUUCUAGCAGCUAAUCGUUUUGACUUUGUUCAAUUAUUUCUCAAAGGAAUUCCUUUUGUGUGUAAAACGAAGCAUUUAGAAAAAUUAAAAAAUAUUCAACAAAAUGCAUCUCGGCGGAAUACUCGUCCGAUACCAAACGGCAAUAAUAACAAUAAUACUGACAAAAAUGGUGACACAGCUGCCAAUUCACCAAAACAAUCUGAACCCAAUAAUUUGUCAGAUGGAGAUUUACUGAAAACUUCAAUGACCGGAUUUUCAGAAGUCAUGUGGAAAUUACAAGAAUCUGGUAAACCGGUGAUCGGACAUAAUAUUCACAUGGAUUUAUUACACAUAAUUAAUCAAUUUUUCACACCUAUACCUUCGUCUUAUGAAGAGUACAAAUCGAUUGCUAAAUCUUUAUUUCCGAAAUUAAUUGAUACAAAAACAGUUGCAUCGACAUCUAUUUUCCAAAGUAUUAUUACUAAUACAGCAUUGAAUGCUGUUUAUAGAAUGAUUCGUGAACCUUUAUUUCCGGCAUGCCGUUUUGAAACCGCUGAUAAUUUCCGGUAUGCAGUAGGUGAACAUGAGCAUACAGCUGGUUAUGAUGCUACUUGUACAGCUGUUUGUAUGACUAAAAUGAUGGCGUAUAUUGCUGUCAAAAGUGAAUUCAAACAAAAUCCAAUUGAACAUCCGCUUUUUGAAAAAUUUACUGGAAAAUUAUUUUACAUGCGUUCAUUUGAUCUCAAAUAUUCUGAUAUACUAAAUGAUGAUGAUUUACCUGAUCGAUCCUGUGUUUUUUAUAUAACUCAUCCGCCUACAUGUUCAACAGCAAAUAUACGUGAAUAUUGUUCUCAAUGGAAUCUUCUUUCCUAUGAUCGACUUAAUUUAACAACACAUAUUGUCGGAGUAUCAUUAAGAAAAGAUACAGUACACACAAUGUUAGCAAAGAUGUGUGCCAACGAUAAAAAUUUUGUUAUUACUCCGUACGCAGAAUAUCAUCGUCUUGAUCCUUCGAAAAUAAAAAUUAAAGAACCGAAUCAUCUAUUUGAUGUUGAUCCGAGUAAUAGAAAGUCAAAUAAACGAGUUUACAUUGAUAAAGAUGCCGUUGCUUCAACUCAACAAGCGACAACAAUAGCGUCUGCGAUGGAGGUUACACCUGAAGCAAUCGAAAAACCAAUACUACCAAAGAGAACUCGCGAUGAUCUAAUAGUAGGAGAUAAUAAACUAAGUCCAACAAUUGAAAAAUUGAUUGAACAAAGAGAAAAAGCAAGAGGCGUUAAAAAACAAAAGCUAUUUGAAUAUGAUGAUGAAUGGUAA